AAAUGUGUUGACGCCACCUGUGGUCUCUUAAACCGAUCGAUUCAGGAAGAUUUAGGCACUUUGACCAGGAGAGAGUUCAGUUUGCACGGCAGCCGCGUCGCUUGCGCUUUCUAACCAAGUUUAAGUGUGUAUCGUCCUGCGUCACGCGUAAGUGGAGAGUUUAAAUGGUGCUCCGAAAGUUACCCGGUGUUUCAGCAUCGGGCAUGGGGCUUCGUCUGUCUCAGAAAUUCGUGUUUCUGCUGUUCCUGUCGGGGUUGGUUACUCUGUGCUUCGGGGCACUUUUCUUUCUCCCCGACACCGUGCGCCUCAAGCGCAUCUUCCUCUCCAAGAACGAGAAUCCCGCGGUGACAGUGGGCCACGACAAUGAGCUUUCCAAAAAGGUGCCAGGGGAUCCAGAGCAUCAGCGGGCAGCUUUAAAAGGGGGCGAGGGGGCGAAUGUCAAGCUCAAAGUGAGCCGCAAGCCCUCGGUCACCCAUGGAGCGAGAACCGUGGAGAGAUCUGUUGGGAGUAGAGCGCAGGAGGAGUGGAGUCCGGCGAGGGCGCAGGAACCGGCGGCCAAAGACGAGCGGGUCACCUCGGCCGCUCACAACGGGGAACGCGGCAGCGCUUACAGCUAUGAGGCGUUUAAAUCGUGUCUGCUCAAACCAGCUUUGGGGAAGAACCAGGGAACUCCACCGGAUUCCGAGACGCUUCAGCGGAGGGAGAAAGUUAAAGAGGUAACAUGCUUUAUUUUACUCCUUUACCAUGGUAAAAGGCCUUCAGGCACGCUCUGUCGUAAGAUGAACUGCUGCUGA